ACUUUCGGAGAAGGUCAAAGAGCAGCUGGCUGAGGCUGAGCUUCGGAAGCUGAGGCAGCAGUUCAGGAAGAUGGUGGAAAGUCGGAAGUCCUUUAACUUCCGCUCCCAGCAGAAGAUCUCCAACCAGCACAAGGAAAUCAAGGCCCUGCAGGGAGAGCAGGAAGAGAUCACUCUGCUUUUGGGUCUCAUCAAGUCCUCGAAGAACUUGGAUCUGAAUGAGAAGAACUACAUGGAGCUGUGUUUCCUGCUGCAGACCAAGGACGACUAUGAGGCCCUGAUUAAGUCAAUGAAAGUGCUGUUGGCAGAACUGGAUGAGAAGAUUGUUCAGAUGGAAAAAAAAAUUAUAAACCAAAAACAGAUCUUCACAAAGAUACAGGAAGCCAAUGACCCCCGGAAACUGCAGAAGCAGAUCCACGUUCUGGAAGCCCGUUUGAAUCUCGUCACCGUGCACUUCGACAAGAUGCUGACCACCAAUGCUAAGCUCCGGAAGGAGAUUGAGGACCUGCGGUACGAGAAGGCUGCUUACGACAAUGCGUACCAACAGCUCCAGCGCCGCUUGUUGAUGCAGAAGAAAACCAUGAAUGUGGCCAUUGAGCAGUCUGCCCAGGCCUAUGAGCAGAGGCUGGAAGCCACGGCUCGCAUGGCUGCCAUGAAGGACCGCCAGCAGAAGGACAUUUCUCAGUACAACCAGGAGAUCCGAGAGCUGGAGCGUGUCUAUGCCCACGAGACCAAGCUCAAGUCCUUCUUGCUUAUCAAACUGAAUGACCGUCUGGAGUUCGAGGAGCAGGCCAAAAAGGAAGAAGCUCUCAAGGCAAAGAAGCACAGGAAGAAGGGCAAGGGUGAGAGUUUCGAGAGCUAUGAGGUGGCCCACCUCCGGCUGCUGAAGCUGACCAAGGAUGGGAACCUGAAUCAGCUCAUCGAGGACUUUCUGGCCAAGGAGGAGAAGAACUUCGCUCGGUUCACGUAUGUCACAGAGCUCAACAAUGACAUGGAGACAAUGCACAAGAAGACCCAGAAAAUCCAGGAUGAGAUCAUCUUCUUGCGAUCCCAGCAGAACUCAUCCCAUGAUGACAACCACUCUGUCCUGAGAGAGAUGGAGGAGAAACUGAAGAAGACCACAGAGGAGGCAGAUAGGUAUGAGAACAGCUACAAGGAAAUCAGCAAGACCUUGGAGUAUCUCAAGAACUCAGUGAAGAAUCUGUUUAAAAAGAUUAAUUGUGAUGCCACCACAAUCCUGGGGCACUUAGGGGAGACGGGGAAAAUCACGGACAACAACCUUCCACAGUACUUUGCCAUCAUUGAGAAGAAGACCAAUGACCUGCUGCUGCUAGAGUCCUACAAGCGGAUCCUGGAGAUGGAAGGGGCAGAGACUGAGGUCCAGCCGCCAUUUGUCAACCCUUUCUGGGGUGGCUCUGCCCUCCUCAAGCCUGCAGAACCCAUCAAGGUCGUCCCCCCAGUGUUCGGGGCUGACCCCUUCGGCGACAAGUUGGAUGAAGUGGAGCAGGCCCUGGACCACAGCAGCCUUCGGCAGCUGGUGCUCAGCAACUAUACCGCGAGAGAGUUUCGAAGCAGGGACUUACACUCGGACAGCAUACCGGAGAGGGGGGAUGAUCUGAGGCUCAAGAAGAAGUUAGCGAUCUGAGGCAGAUGGUGCUGCGUUUGUACCUUAACCAGAGAGAAUAAAGGUUUUGUUCCGUAACCCUGGUGCCUCCUCACACUCAUUACAAAGAGACUAGACUAGGGUUCUGGUCGCCACCCUGGGAUGGGAUAGAGAAAUUAGGACAGAAGAGCUGAGACAGGAAGCAAGAGUUGUAGGAGGUCACCAUGGUUCCUGAAACACCCCCACCCCCGCCCCGAGAUUGUGACCAGAACAAACCACUAGUACUUCUGAAAUUAGAAAUUAACUUCUUAUAGUUAACGGAUGUGAUUUUUUGCUGAGUGAGCCAUAUUCUUAGAAUGAAUGUGAGGCCUCUUCCUCUUCAUUUCUCAUGGGGCCUGUCUAAGCACAUCUAAGGGAGAAAUAUGCCAAUGACAUCCUAAAGGAGAGGAGGUCAUGGAAGCUAGGCUCUGCAGAUGCUUGAGCUCUUUGAAGAAAAGGGCUUUGGUCCUCUAGUUAACAUUCCAAUAAAUUGUGGACCUUCAUAGAAAUAGUCCUGAGUGGCUGUGAAGGUCUAUUUCAAAUAAGAGUUAUUAAAAUUCAGUAAUAAUGGCAGCAGGGACAUUACUCGCUCAUACUCUGCCUUCAAGGGAACUAG